AUGGUGGAUCCUUUGAAAAUCUUCUGGGUUUUAACAAAUAGCACCUAUCUAGUGACGAAAUUCAUCCGUAUCGGCAUCGCAGACAAGAAUGAUAACCCUCCAUACUUCGACAAGGAGCUGUAUGAAGCAGAAGUGGACGAGAAUGAAGACAUCCAGCAUACUGUACUUACAGUCACCGCCAAAGAUCACGACGAAUCGUCGCGUAUUCGAUACGAGAUCACGAGCGGGAACAUAGGAGGGGCAUUCGCCGUCAAAAACAUGACUGGCGCCAUCUACGUUGCGGGGGCGCUCGACUAUGAAACUAGGAAACGGUACGAGCUGAAAUUGGCUGCGUCGGACAAUCUGAAAGAGAAUUACACAACGGUGGUGAUUCACGUGAAGGAUGUAAACGACAACCCCCCAGUUUUCGAGAGACCCACCUACCGCACGCAGAUUACCGAAGAAGUGGAUCGUAAUCUUCCGAAGCGUGUGUUACAGGUAACCGCAACCGAUGGUGAUAAGGACAGACAACAAAACAUUGUAUAUUUUCUCACCGGCCAGGGAAUUGAUGCAGAUAAUCCCGCGAAUAGCAAGUUUGAUAUCAAUCGUACAUCAGGCGAGAUUUUUGUUCUUCGGCCUUUAGAUCGUGAUCAGCCUAAUGGGAGGCCACAGUGGAGGUUUACGGUAUUCGCGCAAGAUGAAGGUGGCGAAGGUCUUGUGGGAUAUGCUGACGUCCAAGUGAACCUUAAAGAUAUUAACGAUAAUGCACCUAUUUUCCCGCAAGGUGUAUACUUUGGAAACGUUACAGAAAACGGAACAGCUGGUAUGGUUGUAAUGACAAUGACUGCUUUGGAUUAUGACGAUCCUGCUGAGAGCAACAAUGCAAAGUUAUGGUACUCAAUAGAAAAAAAUGUAAUCGAGGAAGAAACUGGCUCUCCUAUUUUUGAAAUUGAACCAGAAACUGGUGUCAUAAAAACAGCUGUUUGCUGCUUGGAUCGUGAAAGAACCCCAGAUUAUUCAAUACAAAUAGUAGCUUCUGACGGAGGAGGGUUAAAAGGAACUGGUACAGCAUCCAUACGUGUUAAGGAUAUAAACGAUAUGCCUCCACAAUUUACUAAAGAUGAAUGGUUCACCGAAGUUGAUGAAACGGAUGGUACGAACUUACCAGAAAUGCCGAUUCUUACAGUUACCGUUCAUGAUGAAGACGAAACCAAUAAAUUUCAGUAUAAAGUUAUUGAAAACAGUGGCUAUGGUGCAGAUAAAUUUACAAUGGUUAGGAAUAACGACGGUACCGGUUCAUUGAAAAUCGUCCAACCCUUAGAUUACGAAGAUCAGUUACAAAGUAAUGGUUUCCGAUUUAGAAUACAAGUAAAUGACAAAGGAGAAGAUAACGAUAAUGAUAAAUAUCAUGUAGCUUAUUCUUGGGUUGUAGUUAAACUUAGAGACAUAAAUGACAAUAAACCACAAUUCGAGCGGGCUAAUAUAGAAGUAUCAGUUUAUGAAAACGCCGAAGUUGGAAAAAGCCUUGAAACCUUUAAAGCAACAGAUCCCGACCAAGGUGGAAAAAGUAAGGUUUCUUACGCAAUCGAUAGAUCUUCUGAUAGAAAGAGACAAUUUUCUAUUAAUCAAGAAGGUACUGUCAGUAUACAAAGAACUUUGGAUAGGGAAGAUACCCCACGGCAUCAAGUAAAAAUCCUGGCAAUCGAUGACGGAAUCCCGCCUAGGACUGCCACAGCAACAUUAACCGUAAUAGUUCAAGAUAUAAAUGAUAAUGCCCCUACAUUUUUGAAAGACUACAGACCAGUAUUAACGGAACAUAUAACACCAAAGAAAGUAGCUGAAAUCUUAGCUACUGAUGACGAUGAUAGAUCUAAAAGUAACGGACCUCCGUUUCAGUUUCGGCUUGACCCUGGUGCGGAUGAUAUUAUCAGAGCUUCAUUUAAAGUUGAGCAAGAUCAAAAAGGUGCCAAUGGAGAUGGUAUGGCUAUUGUUUCGUCUUUGAGAUCUUUCGACAGAGAACAACAAAAGGAGUACCUUAUUCCUAUUAUUAUCAAAGAUCACGGAAAUCCUGCAAUGACUGGUACUAGCACACUAACUGUAGUAAUAGGCGACGUUAAUGACAAUAAAAUGCAACCAGGUUCGAAGGAAAUUUUAGUGUAUAAUUAUCAAGGUCAAGCACCAGAUACUGAAAUUGGCAGAGUAUAUGUGUAUGAUCUUGAUGAUUGGGAUUUACCCGACAAAAAAUUCUACUGGGAAAGUUCAGAACACCCGAAUUUUACAUUAAACGAAGAAACAGGUAUGAUCAAAAUGAAACAUAAAACUCGAGAAGGCAGGUAUAAUUUAAAAUUCAAAGUAUAUGACAGGAAACAUACUCAGACCGAUGUUCCAGCCAACGUUACAGUAUAUGUUAAAGAAAUAACACAUGAAGCUCUAAUAAAUUCGGGAUCAAUUCGAGUAUCAGGUAUAUCAGACGAAGAUUUUAUUCGUGUUUGGAAUUAUAAAACUCUUAGUGUUACAAGAAGCAAACUGGAUAUUUUCAAGGAUAAAUUAGCUGAUUUACUUAACACUGAGAGGGAUAAUAUUGAUGUAUUUAGUGUACAGUUGAGAAAGAAACAUCCGCCUGUUACUGAUAUUCGAUUUUCAGCACAUGGUGCACAUUUUUAUAAACCUAUACGACUAAACGGUAUAGUACUCAUGCAUAGAGAGGAAAUUGAAAAAUCUGUUGGCAUAAAUAUUACGAUGGUUGGCAUAGACGAAUGCAUUUAUGAAAAUCAAAUGUGUGAGGGAUCGUGCACAAAUGUGCUUGAUAUUAGUAAUUUUCCUUACAUGGUCAACGCAAAUAAAACUGCUCUUGUUGGUGUUCGUGUUGAUGUUAUCGCUCAAUGUACAUGUGGAGCUAGAAACUUCACUCAGGCUGAAACUUGCCGAAAUUCGCCUUGCUAUAAUGGUGGCAGAUGUAUUGAAGGAAAAUAUGGAUUGACAUGCUCAUGUCCACCAGGAUAUACAGGACCAAGGUGUCAACAAACGUCAAGAAGUUUCCGAGGUACAGGCUGGGCUUGGUAUCCGGCUUUAGAAAUGUGUGAUAACUCUCACUUAAGUUUUGAAUUUAUAACAAGGAAAUCAGAAGGCAUAUUGCUUUAUAAUGGACCAAUAGUGCCGCCGGAACCAGAAGAAAUUAUGGUAUCAGAUUUUAUAUCUGUUGAAUUAGACAGAGGUAACCCAAGACUACUCAUUGAUUUUGGUUCUGGUACACUAGAAUUGAGAGUAAAAACCAAAAAAUCUUUAGAUGACGGUGAAUGGCACCACAUUGAUAUUUUCUGGGAUACUGAAAAUGUCAGAAUGGUAGUUGACUUCUGUAAAUCUGCUGAUAUACAAGAGAUGGAAGAUGGAACACCACCAGAAUUUGACGAUUCUUCAUGUCAAGCUUCGGGGACAAUUCCUCCAUUUAAUGAGUACCUAAAUGUAAAUGCACCACUGCAAAUCGGUGGAUUGUACAUAGAUCAUUUUGACCCUACACACUAUCAUUGGCAGUUUAUGCCAAUUGGUAAAGGUUUCGAUGGAUGUAUCCGGAAUUUAAUCCAUAAUAGUAAAUUAUACGAUCUUGCACAUCCCGGAUUGUCAAGAAAUUCGGUAGCAGGAUGUCCUCAAACAGAAGAGAUUUGUAACCAAGCUGACGCUACUUCUAGAUGUUGGGAACAUGGAACUUGUGUUGGCAGUUUCUCCGAAGCCCGUUGCCAAUGUCUUCCGGGUUGGACUGGUCCAUCAUGUAAUUUACCUACCACUCCAACAAGUUUUCGACCACAAAGCUAUGUUAAGUUUGCAUUAAGCUUUGAACCAGACAGAUUUAGUACACAAAUACAACUACGCUUCAGAACACGGGAACCUCAUGGAGAAUUAUUCAGAGUUAGCGACCAGCACAAUAGAGAAUAUGGUAUUCUCGAAGUUAAAGAUGCCCGAUUACAUUUUCGUUAUAAUCUUAAUUCGUUACGCACAGAAGAACGUGAUGUUUGGCUUAACUCAGUAGCAGUUGAUGACGGACAGUGGCAUAUAGCUCGUGUCAGCAGAUAUGGAAGUGCUGCUACUCUUGAAAUUGAUGGUGGGGAAGGAAGAAGAUAUAACGAAUCAUUCACAUUUGAUGGCCAUCAAUGGCUAUUGGUUGAUAAACAAGAAGGGGUUUACGCAGGUGGGAAGGCCGAAUAUACCGGUGUUCGAACAUUUGAGGUCUACGCUGAUUUUCAAAAAGGUUGUUUAGAUGAUAUUAGAUUAGAAGGAAAGCAUUUACCGUUGCCACCAGCGAUGAAUGGAACACAGUGGGGUCAAGCAACAAUGGCUAGGAACUUGGAUCGUAAUUGUCCAUCUAAUAGCCCCUGUAUCAAUGUUCACUGCACAGAACCUUUCGUCUGCGUCGAUUUAUGGAACGAAUAUGAAUGCACUUGCGGUGAGGGUUUGGUUUUAUCGCCGGAUGGAAAGGGUUGCGUAGACAAGAACGAGUGUCUCUACUUCCCGUGCCGCAACGGCGGCUCAUGUGUCAACCGCGAACCUGGCUACCGCUGCCACUGUCCCGAGGGUUUCUGGGGCGAAAACUGCGAGCUUGUUCAAGAAGGCCGAACUCUCAAGUUAAGCAUGGGAGCGCUGGCUGCAAUCCUCGUCUGCCUCCUCAUCAUAAUGAUUCUUGUAUUAGUAUUCGUGGUGUACAAUCGUCGUCGCGAGGCGCACAUCAAGUACCCCGGACCAGAUGACGACGUUCGCGAGAAUAUAAUUAAUUACGACGACGAAGGCGGCGGCGAAGACGACAUGACCGCUUUCGAUAUCACACCACUUCAGAUACCUAUUGGAGGGCCUCUUCCCGAUCAUGCUCCGGCUAAACUACCAUAUCCUCUGAUGGGUGUCGGGCUCGGAGUGGGACCAAUGGGUGUUGCUAUCGGUGUUCCACCUGGUGUAGGAAUGCCAUUACCCGGCGAAACAAACGUGGGCAUGUUUAUAGAAGAGCAUAAGCGGCGGGCCGAUAGCGAUCCUAAUGCACCACCAUUCGACGAUCUGCGCAACUACGCUUACGAAGGCGGCGGCAGCACUGCGGGCUCCUUGUCGUCUUUAGCUUCCGGUACCGACGAUGAAACACACGAAUAUGACUAUUUGGGCGCUUGGGGUCCACGAUUUGACAAAUUGGCCGAUCUGUACGGACCUGAUCUCGACGAACAGCUGUAG